AUGACGUUGCCGCCAAUGGUACUUGCGCGUUGGCGUCUUAACCUACCACGACGUUUGAGAAACGGUCUCCUCAUCAUCUUCCUCUUCCUCGUCUGCGUCGCCCUUGCUGUCGUGCGUCUACUGACCUCAACGAAGCACAAUGCAACGCGGAAGCCCCCCGACCAGACGGCCGUAUGCGCGAGCGACUGGUAUGCUCCUAUUCGAGCCACCGUAAACGGAAGUUAUCGCCUUUUCCUGACCGUACACGUCGAUUCAAACGCCUCAGCACCCGAGACUGGACGUGUUCCAGGCGUAAGUGUGAUCAAACACGGCAUCCGCUCACGCCUGCUCUCCUUCGAAGAUAUGGUUGAGAUUGAUGAUCGACUCUGGCGCCUGCCUGUGGACAAUCGAGUCUACCUGCUUUAUCCGCAGAACCUGAACUUGUCAGAAGUCGUUGAUAGGGUGAAGUCCUGUCGUGGGGUGCCGGAGGUGAGUCUACAUGGUGUCCUAUUUCUAACUUUUGCUCGGGUUGAAAUAGCGGGUGACUGGGACGGUGGUCUUAAAAACUUUGCUAAAUAUUGGAAAACAGGCAUCCCAAGAAACUUAAUUAGAAAUAGGUAAGACUUUUUGAGGACAAAAUAACUUUUUUUGCUCAAGUUCUCGAGACUGCUCCCCAGUUCUUCGUCUUACUUAUGGAUCAUGUACAAAAACAGUCAACUAUUUGACCGUGUCGAAAGGUGAUUCUACGUUUGGCUGAAGCCUGCACUGAUGCGCGUCGGCUGCAUUUUGUCAUCCCCUCGACAUUGACUGCGCUGGCGUUCACUUUUCCUUAAGAAAUUUGUAAGGGGCGUCUAAAAAUAUAUCACGAUUUGUGCAUUCCUCAUGUGAAUGUACUGUCCCCAGCAAUUCACGGCCGCUCCUCAUUGGGUAGACGCCAAAAACGCGAGUGUUUUCCCACACAAAUUUGUGCUCAGUGCCCGGUGUGUCCAUGGUCACCUGGGAUGGAUAUUUGUUGCGAAACAGGGAGUGUGAUGGUACGCCCAGGUGCGGGUUUUCUCCGGCGGCCUCUGGUCUUCUUGGCUCUGUCUUGACAUCGGGCUCCGCGUGGGGGAGGGGGGGGAGAGUCCAGCAGAUGCAUCGCAAGUCCAAAACCACUAUGAAGUAAAUCACGCGCAAGUCGCCGUCCCUGCUCUCACCCUGCUGUGAGCACAUGGUGGACCUCGUCAGACACGAAGGUCGAACUGCUGUUGUCUCACCGCAGAAAUUCCCAUUUCUUUCUUUGACUUUACCAUUUAGCAUUUCAUCCUACCGAAUGAAAUAGCAAUUAUUUAACACAGCCAAUAGGCAUGACUGCGAAGGAUCAGAAGUAGACUGUUUUGGAGGAAUGUGCUUAGGGCUUCAGAGCAAGCGCAUUCUGACUGUGUAUGUAACCCAUUCAUCAUAAUCUGCCUUAAGAAAGGUUCUUGAUUCUUCACGUCCUAUCCAUCAAUUUCUGACUAAACAUGGGGCUCUGAAAACUCGCGAAGAAGAAGAAGAAGACACGGUCAUUUUGGAUUCUCACUCGAAUCCAGCAUCAAAAAUAGGGGUAGUGAGUCGCCCAGGAUGUGCCAGUUCGACCGACGAUGCCCCACAGUGUGCUCCACAGCAGGGUGAGAGCAGGGACGUUAACUUGCGCGUGAUUUACUUUAUAGUGAUAGUAGACUGCCGCCGCAUCCACCGCACUCUCGCCUCCCUCCUCAAAUGGAGCCGGUGUCAAGACAGAGCCAAGAAGACCGGAGGCGGCAGAGGGUGCAGGUGGUUAGCACAGAGAAGACCCGCAUAUGGGCAUACCACUGACCAGGAUUUUAUACAAGAACAAAAGUGGGAUGGGGGGACAGGCGGCUCAGAUCCCCAUUAGCUCGGCGAAAGCCUACAACCGGGCCUGUUGCUACCCGCCUAAACUUGGCACUUUUAUGCUUGCCAGAAUCCGAUCUAGACCCUGUGUUGGUCCAGCGCAUCUAACGCGCAACCCGUUUUAGGGUGCAAAGCUGCGCCCACCCAACCCAACCCAGCGCUUUGACGCAAGACCACCUACAGUAUGAAAUGUGGCAGAAGGGCUUUAGCAGGCAGGGUCAUGACAGCUUUACCGAAGGCGGUCAGAUGUGGUUAUGUAGCCCCACCUGAAGUAAACAAACCCCAGCCACCUGUAAUAAGGGACCGGUAGUAAUAGGAGUUUGUACAGAUGGGGCCGGGGAACGCAUAGGCGACGAGGUCAAGUAGUUGCAUUCAAAAGAAAAGCUAUCGGGAAUGCGCGGUUGUACUUUGAGUGGUUGAGAAAUAGUUGCCCCAACUCCUAACCCUUACCCUAAUCCCAACAGUAUUGUGUCCAUCCGGUGAGGCUGCAUAAGCAUAAGACCGCGCGAUUUUCCGUUGCCCACUUCUACUGCGCGGAGUUGAAUCUAGCUCAAAACAAUAAAACAAGCAUACCUGUCGCUGUCGUGCUUUUCUGGCUCGUAUGAACCAUUUCAGCCCAGAAAAUUUUCCUGCAUACUACACAUUGUUUACGUUGCAAAUAGGGUACUCAAACGCUUACGCCUAGUUUCCUCAAUAAACUGAACUGAACUGAACCAUGUUGUCCGUCUUCUUAAAAGGCUCCACACGUAAAAAAAAUCUGUCGCCGCUUUCUGGUAUUUGAGGUGGUCCUGCGCCAGAGUAUUGGUGGAGGGGGGCGAGAUGUAUAUAUUUCCUGUUCGACUUCUCUUUCAUUGUGUGAGAAAUCCCCUGUGAUCUUACAACACUGCAGCAGGCAUGCAUUGCGUUAAAUGCGCAGUAAACAACGCCCGAAAAUCCGACUAUAACAAACCACGUGUUUGAGCAACCCAGCGCCUGACAGUUCUCCUAAUUACGAACUCUUAUAUACUAAAAAUAUUCCAUUCCUUUAAGAAUUCCACCUGACAAUGUGAUUUUGAUUAAGAGACAAAAUGCAUGUACCUGACAUGUCUCAUGAAAUGUUAACUGAAAUUCUGAAUUCUAUUUCCCAUUUGAGUGGACAACUUAGGUGGGGUUGUAGUGUUGGAUAUUUUGCGGCGCGCCAGAAUUCCGGCAUUUGGAAGCAUUUCUUUCCGGCCGCCUUCCAACACCGCACUCAGAGAAAAAUGUCUAUGUAUUGUAUGUGUUAUCCAUUGAUGUUUAUGCCUUUAAAAAUUCAACCACAAUUUACAGAAAAUAUUCACAAAAAUACCCUUUCUUGUAGUUAUUUUUCCGUAAAUUAUGUAUUCAUCAAGUUUUAUACUGAGAGGAAGGGCAUCUUUCGGUUUUAAAAAAGUGUUUUUAAUUAUAGGACUUUGUAACACUAUUCAAUGUCCAUUCAAACAAAAGCCUAUACGCCCGUUCAUAAAUGCUUCUUGGGAAGUAUAUAAAAUGGAUAUUUCCACUAUGAGAUUCUAUAAACCCUACAUGAUAUCUUCUUAAUAGCUGGUGAGAAUGCAGGAUUUUCUUUAUGUAGAAAGUAUUCAGUCAGUAGUUUGGAAAACCUAGUGCAAGCGCUCAGUCUGGUCAAGUUUAAAAUUAUUCGGGAGAUCGAAGGUUUUUUUUAAAACCGACAGCCCAUUCUCGGAGCUCAAAGGACUCAAGCCCACUCAUUUUUAACACGAAUGCUCCUGGUUUGAAUCCACUUAAACCUAUCGACAAUUCGACCGUCGUGACCAAUGAUGCCCACCGUGUGCUCCACAGCGGGGUGAGAGGAGGCACAGUAAUUUGUGCAUUCUCCCUUUCACAUUGAUAGUAGACUUGCACGGCGUCUACCGCACUCUCUCAUCCUCCCCCACCUGCGCCCGGUGUCAAGACAUGCUCAAGAAUAUCGGAUGUGUAGGGGGGCGCAGGUGGUUGGCACGGCCGUAGUCGCUCCUUGGCGUGCCGCCAUACCCAGCUCGGAGGCCACAGAAUGGGACAGCCAUAAAGACCACAUUAAGAAGGAGACAUUGCAGCCUGACAAUCUGACAUCCAGUUGGUCUCCCAACCCGCAAAGUACUCACUGUACCUACUUUGAGGACCAAGUUAUCCCGUCAGUUAGCAACAUUCCAAGCCAUGGUUUUUAGAGCGCCGUCAUAGCUUCGAAGGCGUCAGAUUAUUUGUAGCAGGUGAUCGCCCGGGCCGAUGUUUGAGGUUAAUGGGUACUCUACAGCCUCUGGCUUUUACACUCCAAGAAAACAAGAACGGUGGCUGUCGCCACCGAAACCGCUCCUAGGCGUGCCGCCACACCCGGCUCGGAUUCCGAUGGGAGGGAGUGCCAUAAAGGCCACUUUAGGAAGGAGUCACUGCAGCCUAACUCUCAGUCCUCCAACUUAAACCUAUCACAGGCGCACUGACCUACAGUCAUUCCACUCACCGCCGUCCGGACACGCGUUUGCGUCCAUGCGGUCACGUCCCCCUCCCCAUGUCCCACUGGAGCACACCACUCCUCGAGUAAUACAACACACGCCACCUGAACACACUGAGCACAGCCAACACACAGCCCGGCCUCGCCGCCUGCCACCGCUGCUUGAGACUGCAACUCAGGUUUGUGUGCUCAAUAAAGCCGCAACUUUGGGUAUCCUGCGUCUUUUCCGGCCAACCCUUAUUUGGUCUGAUGAUUAUGCUGGCUAAAGUACGACCGUCACUCAAGCCCCUGUAUGUAUGGGCGUCCGAAAUCAAUGAAAUACAUUUUAAUAUUAGUAUUAGUAGUUUUCUGCCGAAUGUAUUUCGCACAGCUGACUGACAAGACGCUCAUUUAAAGGUCAGCAUUCUGCCAUGCGGAAAUUUGUAUGGAAUGCUAUUUCCUGUCACUGUGUUUUUGAUGUUGCCGUUUCGUGACUCAGGGCGCUUACUUCUUGUUUAAGUAUCUUUGAGUUUUGACGACUGGAAAUGCUGCUCGAAGGUUUUUGCGCUCACGGAAUCCGUUUGCGUAAUCAGUCAUUUCAAUAUUCCUUUCCUAACCCUCCCUCUGUUCUCUACCUGACGAAAAGAUCCCAUUCCUCGUCCUCAUUGGAAAGCCCCGCCCACAGGCAGACCUGGUGCAUGGGUGUAUCGGCCUGAGAUGGGGUUAUGCAACCUGAAUGUGUAUCCGUAUUGCUUCCUCCCAUAAACACUGUCCGGAGAGGUCAACUGUAGUGAAAACUUUGUCUGCAACAGAAAGAACAACGCGUUUGGCAAGAGUCGCAAGCGGCAAAGUUUGAGUCGCCGCGUCUAUUUGCACCAUACGAAUGGCUUAUUUGCAACUCUUACACGAAGGCUCCAGCCACAUAUUUAUCUUCCCAGAUAUGCUGGCUUGAUUCAGUCUAACCUGUCCGAUUACUUUCCUGGGCGUCGAAAAAAGGCUUUUGCUAGAAAAGACUUCGUAAUCCCUACUACUGGGAGCUGACGAUGGCACACGCGAAAAUGACAUUGAAAAUGUUUCGGACAACUGAAGUUCACAAAUAUACUUUGAGAGAGAGAGAGCCCUAAGGCAUAAAGGGACGAGUAAGUUCCGUAAAAGCGAUCGAUAAGCAGCCCUCUACCAUUGCAUAUUCUCGAUUGCAACCGGACCGGACAACGAGCCCGUGGCUCAGUGGUUAGAGACGUUGGACUUCUAACCAAGAGGUCGCGGGAUCGAGUCCCAAGUGUUUUAAACUUCUGGAUUGGAUAUGACUGGAUGACAACGGCUUAUGAGCCAGAGAUGGUCAUUUCAGCCUCUCUUGUCUUCUUUCGGCGAUUCUGUUUUACAAAUAUACCUUUAUCUGUUAGUCGGGAAAUAUGGCGAAGAAAAAGAGGCACUGGUUGGCUUGGGCUUAGACCCACUGUCCAGGUGACGAGGGUGUGAGCGGACAAACCGAAUGCAGCGGUUGUGGCUUUUCCACUAAUAAAGCGUCUAUUGCUACAGGGUUCUAUGAAGUUGAAUGGAAUCGACACUACAAAACAGCCUCCGACACAAAGGAUGCACUGGGAAGCCACUGACUACGAAACCUGAAGCUGCUGCUUCUGACCAUUAUAACCCCUACCAUUCAAUAAUAAUGCAUGCCACGAACCAACACUCUAUAUGUUAAAUGUCUUCAAUAAUGGGUCUUCUAGCAGGAAUGGACAUUUUGAGAGGCUGUAAUUCACUGCCGAUAACGGAAAAAAGGCACUGCUCAUUACCCUCAAAUAUACUGGACUGAUCCAAAUUGAGGCCACUCAAUUAAAGAUGCAGCAGUCAGUAAGCCCUUGUCUAUUCUGUUUGUGGCCUGUCGGAUUUCGCGUCAUUUCUCGGAGUAUCGACGACACCGGCAAAGUAAGGGAGACUUAAAUAGCUACUUCUGGCUGAUCAGCCGUCAUAAGACAGUCAUACAACAGACAGCCGAAGUUUUGAUGUGGCUUCACUGGGUCGCCUGUCUCGCCGUUCUGUCGACUGCCAUCGCGGCUAUUAAGCCACAGCCGGGGGGGGGGGAGGGGGGUUCACCACCGGCCCCGGCUGUGGGAAGGAACAGACAUUUCCGGGUACCCUUGGAAUUUUGAUUAUUUAAGCGGUAAAAGGAUUGGAUCUUAAUUUUGGAUGAAUCAUUGAACCCUAAUUCAAGUCUGAGGCGCGCAAAUGCUGGGAGUUUCGGAUGUAACCGACUGGUGAUAACUAAUGCGACAGAAAGGACUUCAGAUGGCCCUCGUUCUCCUACUGGCGAUCUCGGUGGUUAAUCAGUCCUUGCCGCUCGUGGGCGGCUAGAGUGCUGUGCGCCAAUAGGAAGUGGAAUAGUCCACCUUCAUCUGCAACCGUCUCUGAUGAUGGGUUCGAGCGAGAGUCCGAAACGUCAGACCAAUAAACUUCUUGUUCCGAUGAUCGCUCCUUCCUCUUCUUCUUCUUCUUCUUCUUCUUCUUCUUCUUCUUCUCCUUCUUCUUCUUCUUCUUCUUCUUCUUCUUCUUCUUCUUCUGAGUCCACACUUCGCCUUGUAUUCGGGGAAAAUCGGUGGUUGCCACCUCCAUGUGAACUGCCCCCCUAGGCGUCUACAAAACCCCAGCUUGCACUGCCUAUUAAGAACACUUUUGACUUUUCUUACAGAGUCCGACGAACAAUCACCCAGUUCACCUUCUCCAUGUCAGCUCAACGGUCUGCCCCCCAGUGGAAGAUGCGAAAACUGUCACCGGUCACUCUGCCGGACCCCACUAUGACCUGGUGGUGAUUGUCAAAUCGGCUGUUUACAACUUCCAGAGCCGUAAGACGUUUCGCAGUCUCUACGCGCGCCUUAAUGACUUCAACGUCUCCAGUGCCCACCCCUUCCGAAUAGGCCUCCUCUUUUCUGUUGGUCUGCCACGACGAUCCGGUAACCAGACGUUCAAACGUGACGGGUUUCACGUUACCCUACCCGGCAGAGCCGGAGAGGCUCUCGCUGACAUCGAAAACACUCAUGCUAUCAUCCUCCAGCGCCUGACGGAGGAGGUACUGCAGUAUAAGGACGUCCUGGUAGGUGGCUAUGAGGACACCUACUAUAAUCUGACCACCAAAAUGAUGACCAACUUCCAGUGGGCCGCCAGAUUCUGUCGAACUGAACGACCCGGCUUCCUCUUCAUGGACGAUGACUACGCCUUCCAUCCGACAAAUCUGCGCCGUUUUCUUGCCCGUCUGGAGGCAGACUGGCGAGAGCACAUGGUCAUCGGUCUGGAGCGUACCCGAUCUCCAACCGUUCGCUACGGCAAUGAUGCGAGGUUUAAUCACUGGGCGCUCUCCAAGCGUGAGAUGCCUUGGCCCCAACUGCCCCCCUUCAGUGCUGGAGCCUUCUACUUCCUGGGUUACGAGCGGGUGGAGGAACUGGCCAUUGCUAUGCACUUCACUCGCAGUCUCCCCCUUGAUGAUGUGUGGUUGGGUCUGGUCAUGGCUAAGCUGGGUCUACAUUUCCAGUACCGACCUGGCAUUCGGUUUGCACUGGAAGCCAGAUCCACUCGGAAGCGGGACAUUAUCAUGCCCAUGUCGGCCAUGUAUGGAAGACUAACUGCCGCAAAUACCUGA